CCAUCCACCUCCCUCACCUCAGCACAGCUCCCCCUCCCCUCCCCUCCCUUACCACCACCACCACCACGCCCACACCCCAAGAUGUCCUACCAACCCUAUGCGCCUUCCGCCUACCUCCCCACGCCUCUCCGGUCUAACCCGCACCUCAACCUCAACCUGGAGCUAAAACUCUUUUCCACCCCCUCCUCUCGAGAACUAUACGAAUCCCUGGCGGAACUGCACGCAAUAAUCGUGACGCUAGAAUUCCUCGAGAAGGCCUUCGUACGGGACUCGAUCCCACCCUCAUCCUACACCCCCACCUGCCUGCGCCUGCUGGGCCAGUACAAGACGCUCCUCGGCAGUCCUAGUGUCGCCGCCGCGUUCGGAGAUCUACACGCGUUCCGCGCGCGCUACGGCGUCGAUUGUCCCGCUGCUACGAGGAGGCUAGAGACCGGGCUGCCGGCCACGGUCGAGCAUGGGGCGGGCGAGGGCCAGGAGCGGCCGAUGUUGGUGGCUGCGCCACAUUUGGCAACAGGAGGGGAGGGCAGGUGGAGGAAUGUUUCGCCUAAGGCGGCGGCAGAGGCUACGCAGAAUUUCAUCACGUUCAUGGAUGCGCUCCGCCUGAACUAUCGCGCGAAGGAUGAGCUGCAUCCGCUCCUGGCGAGCGUGAUCACCGCGGUGGAUGUAGUUACUGGUGGAGGAGGCGCCGGUGGGGAGGCUGGCGGUGGCGGGUUCGAGGGCAGGAAGGAUAUUGUUAAGUGGCUCAUUGUGCUCAAUCAGAUGAGACCUGGCGAUGAGAUCGAUGAGGGUCAGGGAAGGGAAAUGCUUUGGGAUCUGGAGAGGGGGUAUAAUAGCUUUUUGGAGGGGCUGGGCUGAGGAACGGCAAUAUUCAUCAACACUCAUCAUCAUACCCCCCCCCCCCCACCACCACCCCCCC